AUGCGAUUGGGAACUUCCGCCAAGUUCGCGCUAUUGUGGCCACCAUACGAAGCAGGAAGGGAAAUGCCGAGCGAUCAUUGGGCGACCCCGAAGGAAGUGCCUUGCGAAGGCAAUAAGGUCGAUAAAGAACCUUGCUAUCGUCGCGUCACGAUUCCUGAUUACCCGUACUGCAUGGUGCAGCACGAUUCGCGCGUUAUCUACUGCGAUCCUAAAGAAUUCCGACAGGCAAACCUUCGAGACCGAAUGUUCGAACUGAUCAGGACGCGUGACGGUGAUCGUGAUCCGUAUAACGCAGGUCAGAUGAUAAUGGACUCUGCGGCGUUUCACUUGGAGCACAUUGGAGAGGCUCAAAUCGCUGCCUUCAUGUGCCAACUCAAGAUAUUUCAAGACACCGAAGAGCGAGACGACAUCGUGGAGUUUUAUCGCGAUGAAGUCGUGAAUGCGAUGCCCAACUUGUGUAUAACUUCGAAAGACACAAACAAGAAGAAGGGUAAGGCAACGACGAAUGCGUUGGGAGAAAUGAUGAUCUACUCGCUGAAAACGUAUGAUCAACCGGAUGUGCGCGCUCUCGACGACAUUUGCGCUACCGCGUUCAACGUUCCGAUCGUGAAAUCAUUCAACGAUCAUCUGUGCGGAGAGAAAUUGAGUCGUAAGUCUACUAAAGCGAUCCGUCGCGAAACGGGGCAAGCGCUCCAACGGUGGAAAAACGCAUUUCUCGAUCAUGGGGAAACUCCGAUUUACGAGGAGUUUGGGCGGCAGACGCAAAUGGUGUACACGGCCUUUGACCUUCACGUCGUUGAUUGA